AUACACAAAACAAUGAAAUAUAUUCAGAGACUCACAGAUUAUCUUGAUAAGAAUUCAGUUACAGUCAGUGAUAGCAGCAGCAGUAAUGAGAAAUUUAAUAAUAGUAAUAAUUCUCUUCUUACUUCUCUCACUGAUACUUUUACUACUACUGUUAAUUCUUCUCUCUCUUUCUUCUCUGAUCUUCUGACUUUAGUUGAUUCUCUGACUAUGAGCAGUACUGAAACUCUCAACAUUCUCAGUGAAAAA